GCUCGAGCAGGAAUCGGGCUUUUUCUUCAACAUGAAGUAUUUCGAAGACCAGGUAGUGGCUGGCGAGUGGGAGGAGGUGGAGCGCUACCUCGCGGGCUUCACCAAGGUCGACGACAACCGCUACUCCAUGAAGAUCUUUUUUGAGAUCAGGAAGCAGAAAUACCUCGAAGCGCUGGACAAGCAAGAUCGAGCCAAGGCUGUGGAGAUCCUGGUGAAGGACCUCAAGGUGUUCGCAUCGUUUAACGAGGAGCUCUAUAAGGAGAUCACUCAACUACUGACCCUGGACAAUUUCCGCGAGAACGAGCAGCUGAGCAAGUACGGAGACACCAAGUCGGCGCGCAACAUCAUGCUGCUGGAGCUGAAGAAGCUCAUCGAGGCCAACCCGCUCUUCCGCGACAAGCUGCAGUUCCCCAACCUCAAGAACUCGCGCCUGCGCACGCUCAUCAACCAGAGUCUCAACUGGCAGCACCAGCUGUGCAAGAACCCGCGCCCCAACCCCGACAUCAAGACCCUCUUUGUGGACCACACCUGUGGCCCCGCGCCCAACGGCGGGCGCACACAGCCGCAGCAGCCUGCUCCGCCCAACUCGCUUCUCUCCGCCGUUCAACAGCAGCAGCAGCAACAGCAACAGCAGCAGCAACAGCAGCAGCAGCAGCAGCAGCCGCCUAAGGCCCAUCCGUUUCCCCUGGGACCGGUUGGCGUGGGCGUGGGCGUGGGCGGGCAUGCGCAGCCACUGCAGCCCUUCCAGCCUGGGGGACCAUCCGCCUCCGCCCUGGCGGGGUGGAUGGGCGGACAGCAGCCUGCAGCUGCGCCUCCCCCCCACGCCGUGGUGCCGCCCCCCCCUGCCAACCUGCCCCCAGGCCCCAACCCAGCUAUGUUGAAGCGGCCGCGCACGCCGCCAGGCAACCCAGUGGCAGUGGAGUAUCCGGGCACAGGGGACUCCGAUAUGGUGCUCAAGCGGCCCCGGGGCGGCAUGGACGAGGUCUACGGCCAAGUCCCGCCCAAUCAGCAGCCGCCACCUGUCCCAGGAGCAAUCCCAGGCCCGCCAGUACCAGCAAUAGGAGGCAACGUAGCAGGGGCAGGCCUAGGGAGUGCCGUAACUGCCGCCGCUGCCGCAGCAGCUGCUGCAGCGGCAGCAGCAGCAGCAGGGGGACAGGGGCCAGUGGCGCUAGGAGCAGGGGUUGGUUCAGGAGGCGGGUAUGCAGUGGAGGAUCUGCCCAAGACAAUUGCGAGGAACCUGAACCAGGGCUCGUGUGUGAUGACCAUGGACUUCCACCCGUACCAGCCCACACUGCUGCUCGUGGGCAGCAACACGGGGGACGUGGCGAUAUGGGAGGUGGGGUCACGAGAGAAGGUGGUGGACCGCCCGUUCAAGCUCUGGGACCCCCAGCAGUGCUCGCCGCAGUUCCAGACGCUAUGGAUGAAGGAUCAGACCAUCGCUGUGAAUCGCGUCAUCUGGGAGCCUAACGGGCAACUCUUUGGAGCGGCGUUCUCAAAGCACAUGGUGCACAUCUACACAUACCAGAACCCAAGCAGCAUGGGACAGCACCUCGAGAUCGACGCGCAUGUGGGUGGAGUGAACGACCUGGCCUUCUCUCACCCCAACAAGCAGCUCUGCAUCAUCACAUGCGGCGAUGAUAAGACCAUCAAGGUGUGGGAGGCGAGCAGUGGGCGCAAGCUGUACACAUUCGAGGGACAUGAGGCUCCCGUCUACUCCGUGUGCCCGCACCACAAGGAGAACAUUCAGUUCAUAUUCUCGACGGCCAUAGACGGCAAGAUCAAGGCGUGGCUGUACGACCACCUGGGGUCGAGAGUGGACUAUGAUGCCCCGGGCAAGUGGUGCAGCACCAUGGGGUACUCGGCUGAUGGCACGCGCCUCUUCUCCUGUGGCACGAGCAAGGAGGGCGAGACGUCACUGGUGGAGUGGAACGAGAGCGAGGGUGCCAUCAAGCGCAGCUACCUGGGUUUCCGCAAGCGCUCGCUGGGCGUCGUGCAGUUUGACACCACGCGCAACCGCUUCCUUGUCGCCGGUGACGAGUACCUGAUCAAGUUCUGGGACAUGGACAACACUGCCGUGCUCUGCACACUCGAUGCUGACGGUGGCCUGCCAGCGAGUCCGAGAGUGAGGUUCAACAGGGAGGGUUCUCUCUUGGCGGUGACGGCAGCGGACAACUCGGUGAAGAUCCUUGCCAACGACAUGGGCCUGCGCCUCCUGCGCAACCUCGAAGCCGCUGCUGCCACCGCUGCAGCCGCUGCUGCUGCCGCCGCAGCUGCUGCAGCCGCCCAGAGGCCUGUGGACACCAAGCCGCCACCACCCGCCCUGCCCCAGCCUCCAUCACAGCAGCAGCAGCAGCAGGCAGUGCAGGCAGCAGCAGCUGCAGCCGCCGCCGCUGCCGCCGCCGCUGCUGCUCAGGCGUCUCAGCAACCUCCCCCUUCCCAGGCGCCAUCUCAGCAACAGCAGCAGCAGCUUCAACAACAGCAGCAGCAGCUGCAGCAGCAA